AUGGAGCGGAACGACGAACACAGGUGUGAUGACUGCGGGAAAGCUUUCAAGCAGAAAUCUCAUUUAAAUAGACAUCAGAGAACCAUGCACGGAACGCCGUAUACUAAUGUAUGUCCAAUAUGUCAUUCAAAAUUCAACAGGAAAGACAACUUUACGCGACAUAUCAAAACACACGGAGAAAAAAGGAGAGCGGAUCAAAAACAAACAAACCAUGCUGAUGAAACAGAUGAAAACCAGUCAGAGAUGAAAAGACGGCGAUACGAAGAAAAUAUGUUACAGGAUGCAGAAAACAAUCCUCCAGAUAUCCCUAUGCAAAGUACAAGGAAUGAGAUGAGUACAGAGUCUACAGGGAAAUGUAUCUGGUGUACCCAGAUUAAACCUUUAUUAAAUGGGAAAAAAUUCUGCCAUUCAUGCGCUGAGACAGGUAGAGAAUGCCACUGGUGUCAUCGACCUCUACCAGAACGAUUUUACAGUCACCGAACAGAUGUAUGCGAUUCCUGCGUGAAUAGACGACAUAGAUGGAGUACACAAUCAGGUGCUGGAAGCAAGCAAGCAUUAAAAGGAGGGGUGGAAACAAAAGUGUUGGAACCAAACCCGGGUAAUCUGUGGGACAUUCUUCAAUUUUUCAAAGACAACAGUGACCCAAUCCAAUAUCUUCUUCAUACUACCCUGUGGUCAAAACGAGAAAUCAAAGAGCAGCUGGCUAAAGCUUACAAAAAUUUAUAUGUUAGUUAUCAAAAUUUUGAAAGGGACGGCAGUGGAUGGUCUAUUGAUCAGAUUUUAAAAAUGGAGUUUAACACUGCAGAGUAUGCCCCUUUAUCUGGUAGCAGUUAUCUUCCCUUGCCACCAAAAAUUGCAAAGAAAAAGGCUGUACUGAACAUUGAAAAUGUAGAUCAAAAAUGUUUUCUUUGGUCGAUUUUAGCCUCUCUUCAUCCUAUUGGUAGAUUAGAUCACCCAGCGCGUGUGUCAAAUUACACGAAGUAUGAGUAUGAACUGAAUACUGAGGGAUUAGACUUCCCUUUACCUUUGUCUCAAAUUAAUCGAUUUGAAAGGAAAAACAACAUAUCAGUCAAUGUGUUUGGAUUUGAGAAAAAUGAAAUUUUCCCCCUUCACAUAACAGAAGCAAGAAAUACGUUCCACCAUGUCAAUUUGCUUCUUUUCUCAAAGGGUGAAACAAGACAUUAUGGUCUUAUCAGGAACAUGAGCAGGCUAAUGGGGGACAGAACCAGCCAUGAUGGAGAAACGUUCUAUUGUAAUUUCUGUCUCCAUGGGUUUACAAGACAAGAUUUAUUAAAUGAGCAUGUUCCAUAUUGCUCUCCUCAUGGUCCCCAGAGAUUAACGUUCCCAAAAUCAGAACAUGAUCAAUGGGUGCAAUUCAAGCAUGUUAAUAAACAAUUGAAGGUACCCUUUGUCAUUUAUCUCGACUUGGAAAGUUUAACUAUUCCUAUUCAAUCUUGUAGUCCGAGUCAGACUCAUUCAUCGACCACUCCCUAUCAAAAGCACGAACCUUGCGGAUUUUGCUAUUACGUGAAAUGUUCAGAUAAUAGUAAAUCAAAACCUGCUUAUCUAUAUAGGGGUGUCAAUGCUAUGGAUCACCUCUUUGAAUGUUUGAUCAAAGAGGAAGAGGAAAUCUGUAAGAUACUGUCCCAAAGUAAACCCAUGUCCAUCUCAGUAGAAGAAGAAACUUCUUUCAGAAACGCCACUGAUUGUCACAUUUGUGAACAACCUCUAGGGGUGGAUAGGGUCAGGGAUCAUGAUCAUUUAACGGGCAAGUACAGAGGUGCAGCACAUAACCAGUGUAACUUGCAGCUCCAAUUUAGGAAAGAAAACAGGGAUUUCUACAUUCCUGUUAUCGCACACAACAGCCGCAAUUACGACCUUCACCACAUGAUGAGUGCCAUUGGAAAAUUAAAGAAUAAGAAAAUAUCUUGUAUUCCAAACAAUAUGGAGAAAUACAUUAGUUUUUCACUCGAUAAUUUACGUUUCAUUGAUUCAUUACAAUUUCUGAAUGCUUCACUAGACACUUUAGUAACAAAUUUAGCCAAAGAAGGGGGAUCGAGAUUUCAAAAUCUAUCCCGACAUUUUCCAUCUGAAGUUGAGAGAGACCUCUUACUACGGAAAGGGGUUUAUCCCUAUGAUUACAUGUCCUGUUGGGAUCGAUUUUACGACCAAGAGUUACCUCCGGUCACAGCAUUUUACAACAAACUGUCCGAAUCUGAUAUUUCUGAGACUGGCUAUGUUCACGCUGAAAAGGUAUGGGAAACCUUUAACAUGACAAACAUGGGGGAUUACCAUGAUUUAUACUUAAAAACGGAUGUCUUACUACUCUCUGAUGUAUUUGAGAAUUUUAGAAAUCUAUGUCUGAAUGCAUAUCAUCUAGAUCCCGCUCAUUUCUAUACUUCACCCGGUCUUGCAUGGGAGGCCAUGUUGAAAAUGACAAAAGUUAAGUUACAGCUCUUUGAUGACAUCGAUAUGGUUUUGAUGAUAGAGCUGGGAAUUAGGGGAGGGGUGUCUAUGAUCUCGAAGAAAUACGCCAAAGCCAACAACCCAAUGGUCCCUGAUUUUGAUCCUUCAAAACUGAAAACUUGGCUUACUUAUCUAGACAUGAAUAACCUUUACGGUACAAGUAUGUCAAUGCCCCUGCCCGAGAGGGACUUUGCCUGGUGCACUCCAGAACAAAUACAUAGUUUAAAUGUCAUGGAUAUCCCAGAUGACUCGGACACCGGGUAUAUAUUAGAAGUGGAUCUAAAAUAUCCCGAUUUUCUACAUGAUGAACAUAGUGAUUAUCCUCUUGCUCCUGAAAACAAGACAAUUACAGAUGAUAUGUUGUCUCCUCAUAGUUUGAUGCUCAAAGAAAAGUUAGACAUCAAAGGAGGUGCCCUAAAACUCGUGCCUAACCUCAAUGAUAAAGAAAAGUACGUUAUUCAUUAUCGAAAUCUAAAAUACUAUUUGUCAAAAGGUCUUGUAUUAUCCAAAAUCCACAGGGUUCUAGAAUUUACUCAGUCUCCUUGGUUAAAGUCAUACAUUGAUUUUAAUACCCACAGGAGGUCUCAGGCUACAACAGAUUUCGAGAAAGAUUUUUAUAAGCUCAUGAAUAAUUCUGUCUUUGGGAAAACCAUGGAGAACAUGAGAAAGAGAGUGAAUGUGGAACUGGUGCACACCAAAAAGAGAUUACGUAAAGUAUGUGCAAAGCCAAACUUUCAGUCUUUUAAGAUCUUCAAUGAUGACCUAGUAGCUGUCAAUCUUAGGAAAAACAACAUUAUUCUCAAUCGCCCCAUAUAUGCUGGUUUUUGUAUUCUUGACCUCGCUAAGCUGCUCAUGUUCGAGUUUCACUAUGACUUUGUAAAAUCUACCUACGGGGAAAAGGCUAGUCUUCUGUUUACAGACACGGAUAGCCUUUGCUAUGAAAUCCAAACAGAAGACUUUUAUCAAGAUAUAUUUACUCAUAAAACUCUUUUUGACACCAGUAACUUUGAGAAAACCCACUUUCUUUUCUCCAAAACAAACUGUAAGGUUCUCGGUAAAAUGAAGGAUGAGUGCGGAGGGAAACCGAUAGAAGAAUUCAUUGGUCUCAGACCUAAGAUGUACAGUUUGUUGUAUGAUGGCAUAGAGAAGAAGACGGCUAAAGGAGUCAAAAAAUCUGUAAUAGACAGACACUUAAAACAUCAGGCUUACAAGCAAGCCCUUUUUGAUCAUUGCUACAUGCGUCAUUCAAUGAAUUUGAUAAGAAGUUAUAGCCAUCAGCUGUUUUCUGUAUCUGUAUGUAAAACAACGCUAAGUCCAUACGAUGACAAAGGGUUCGUUCUGGACUCUGGUAUACACACCCUCGCUCAUGGUCAUUACAAAAUCACACCAUUUGAUAAUCAUGUGUAA